GCAGAUUCGCACGGGGUCCCGAGGAGCCGGGAGCGGGACGGACCUCUCUCUCCCUGCCGCGGCCGGCGGGGCGACGGCUGCGGGCCGAGUCCCGGUACGGCCGGACCGGGGCUUAGGGGUGCCCAAGGGACAAUGACCAGCGCUGGCCAUGACGGAGUUGGACUGCCCUGCCGGUAAUCCUGGGUGACCAUGCCUGUUCCUGGGCCAGCCCUGCUCCGAGCUCUUUGGGCUCUGUGUGCCCUGGUGCCCUGGGCUCGGCCGUUUCCGGCCUCCUUCUCCUAUAAUGGCACCCGCUUCCGGCACCUGGUCCGCGACCCACUCUCCGGUACCCUCUACGUGGGUGCCACAAACUUCCUGUUCCAGCUGAGCGUGGAGCUAACGCCGGAGGCGGUGGUGCCCACCGGGCCCGUGAUGGACAGCCGGGACUGCCUUCCGCCUGUGUCGCAGCUGGAGUGCCCCCAGGCCACGUCCACCGACAACCACAACCAGCUUCUGCUGGUGAAUGAGGCCCAGGGGGCCCUGAUAGCCUGCGGCAGCGUGCACCAAGGCGUGUGUGAGCAGAGGAGGCUGGGGGAACUGACCCACCUGUUGCUGCGGCCGGAGCGUCCGGGGGACACCCAGUAUGUGGCAGCCAACGACCCGGCGGUUAGCACUGUGGGGCUGGUGGGUGGCGGCCCGGUAGGGGAGCCCUUGCUCUUCGUGGGCCGGGGCUACACCAGUAAAGGCGUGGGCGGGGGCAUCCCACCCAUCACCACCCGCGUCUUGAGCCCGCCCGACCCCCAGUCGGCCUUUUCCUACGAGGAGACGGCUAAGCUGGCUGUGGGGCGCCUGUCCGAAUACAGCCACCACUUCGUGACGGCCUUCACCCGCCAGGCCAGCGUCUACUUCCUCUUCUACCGCCGGGACCUGCGGGCCCAGUCCCGGGAGUUUCGCCCGUACAUCUCCCGUGUCUGCCUGGGGGACCAGCACUACUAUUCCUACGUGGAGCUUCCUCUAUCCUGCCAGGGGGCCUCUCGCCCCUACGGACUGGUACAGGCAGCGGCCGUGGCGGUGCCUGGAGCCUGGGGGGGCCCGCAGGGUGAGGUACUCUUUGCCGCGUUCUCGGUCUGGCCCGCGCCCUCCGGUCAGCAAGCCGAGGCCUCUGCGCUCUGCGCCUUCUCCCUGGAUGAGGUCGACCGGCUGGCCAAUGCCACGCGGGACGCCUGCUACACGCGAGAGGGCCGGGCCGAAGAUGGAGCUGAGGCCGCCUACAUUGAGUAUGAUGUCAACUCCAACUGUGCCCAGUUGCCCGCGGACACGCUGGACGCUUACCCCUGUGGGUCUGACCACACGCCCAGCCCCAUGGCCAGCAGCGUGCCCCUGGAGGCCGUACCCGUCUUGGAGUGGCCGGACGUCCAGCUGACGGCAGUGGCAGUGAGCGUGGAAGACGGACACACCAUCGUCUUCCUGGGAUGUGCCGUGGAUGCUCAGGAAUACGAGGUCUCGAGCAGUAUUGUGUGCGUCACUGGUGAGAGCAAGGAAGAAAAGGAGGGUUACGUCGUUGUGGAAGUCCCCGGGGGCGGGCAUGGCAUCUCUGUCCAAAAAUUCACCUACCAGAACCCAGAGCUGACGUCCAUCUUCCCCACUCGAGGUCCCAAGGCCGGGGGCACAUGUCUGACCCUGACAGGCUCCAAGCUGCUGACCGGUCGGCUGACUGACAUCCGUGUGAUGGUGGGAGACCUUCCCUGUCACCUCUCCUCCUCGGAGUUGCAAGAGAAGGAGCUCCAGUGUCAGACCAGCCCCAGCAAUGGGUCCAGGGCCCUGCAGGUCACUGUGCAGUUUGGAGAUGCUGAGCGGCGAGUCCACCACCUGUUCCAAUACACCCCUAACCCCAACCUCACCUCUGCUGGCCCAGCCAAGAGUUUCUUCAGUGGGGGCCGGGAGAUCCGUGUUCACGGGCAGAAUCUGGAUGUGGUGCAGACCCCUCGCAUCCGGGUCACCGUGUCACCUUGGGAGCAGCGGCGCCGGCGCCGGGGGCUGGGGCGGAAGCGGAGGAUGUUCCCGGAGACGGAGUGCCCCUCGGAUGCCCUGUGCAGUGUCCAGCUAUUCGAGGAGCCAUGUCUCAUCAACUCCUCCCAACUCAUCAUCUGCAAAACACCGGCCAUCCAUCUGAAGCUAGAGAAUGCCCGCAUCCGGCUGGAAUUUAUCCUGGACAACCUGCGCUUUGACUUCAACUCCCUCCAUCCAUCCCAGUUCUCUUAUGAAGCCAACCCGACUCUGAGGCACCUCAAUGCCGAAGACCCCGCCAAGCCCUACAGACAUAAACCGGGCAGCGUCCUCUCUGUGGAGGGAGAGAACCUGGACUUGGCGAUCUCCAAGGAAGAGGUGGUGGCUAUGAUUGGCAAGGGGUCCUGCCUGGUGAAGACGCUGACCAAGAACCACCUGUAUUGUGAGCCUCCAGCCGAGCAGCCAGCCCCCCAGCCCCGAGCUUCUGGUGAGGGGCCAGAAACGCUCCCAGAGUUCACGGUCCAGAUGGGGAACUUGCAGUUCAGGUUGGGCCGUGUGCAGUAUGACACGGAGAAUCCCCUUGCCUUCCCCGUGGAGGCUCAGGUCGGCCUAGGGGUUGGCGCGUCCCUCGUGGCCCUUGUCGUCCUCAUCAUUGUCUUCAUCUACAGACGAAAGAGCAAACAGGCCCUCAGAGAUUACAAGAAAGUUCAAAUCCAACUGGAGAAUCUGGAAACCAGCGUCCGAGACCGCUGCAAGAAGGAGUUUACCGAUCUGAUGACAGAGAUGACAGACCUCACCAGUGACCUCGUGGGCAGCGGGAUCCCCUUCUUGGAUUACAAGUCAUACGCAGAACGAGUCUUCUUCCCGGGGCAUCGCGAGUCGCCGCUGCAGAGGGACCUGGAUGUGCCCACAUGUCGCCGCCAGACAGUGGAGCAGGGCUUGGUGCAACUCUCCAACCUCCUCAAUAGCAAGCUCUUCCUCACCAAGUUUAUCCACACCUUGGAGUGCCAACGGACUUUCUCCCCCCGGGACCGGGCCUAUGUUGCCUCCCUCUUGACCGUGGCCCUUCAUGGCAAACUUGAAUACUUCACUGACAUCCUCAAGACGCUGCUCAGUGACCUUGUGGAGCAGUAUGUGGCCAAAAACCCCAAGCUGAUGCUGCGUAGGACCGAAACCGUAGUGGAGAAGCUGCUCACUAACUGGAUGUCCAUUUGCCUCUAUACCUUUGUGAGGGACUCGGUGGGUGAACCACUCUACAUGCUCUUCAGGGGGAUCAAACACCAAGUGGACAAGGGCCCCGUGGAUGGGGUGACGGGAAAAGCCAAAUACACACUGAACGACAACCGAUUGCUCCGGGAGGACCUAGAAUACCACACUCUGACUCUAAAUGCCGUGACUCAGGCAGGGAGUGCGGCGGGAGGAGCUGAAGAGACUCAGGGUGUAUCUGUGAAGGUGCUUGACUGUGACACCAUCACCCAGGUGAAGGAAAAAGUCCUGGACCAGGUCUACAAAGGGACCCUGGUUGGUCUCCGGCCGGAUCCUGACGCUCUGGAUGUUGAAUGGCGAUCAGGGGUGGCCGGCCACCUGAUCCUGUCUGAUGAGGAUGUGACCUCUGUUGUCCAAGGCACUUGGAAGAGGCUUAACACACUGCAGCACUACAAGGUUCCCGAUGGAGCAACCGUGGCCCUUGUUCCUCGUCUGACCAAACAUUUUCCUCGGGAAAACCAGGAUUUUGUCCCUGGAGAGAAGACACCGAUGCUGGAAGAUGUGGAUGAGGGGGGUGUCAAACUGUGGCACCUGGUGAAGCCCUCUGAGGAGCCCGAACUUCCCAAGCACCGCCGGGGGAGCCUGCGGGACCGAGAGCGAGCCAAGGCCAUCCCUGAGAUCUACCUGACCCGCCUCCUGUCCAUGAAGGGUACUCUGCAGAAGUUUGUGGAUGACCUGUUCCAGGUGAUUCUCAGCACAAGCCACCCUGUCCCGCUGGCUAUCAAAUACUUCUUUGACCUGCUGGAUGAGCAGGCGCUGCAGCAUGGGAUCUCCGACCCGGAGACCAUCCACAUCUGGAAGACCAACAGCCUGCCCCUGCGGUUCUGGAUCAACAUAAUCAAGAACCCACAGUUUGUUUUUGACGUCCAGACGUCGGACAACAUGGAUGCAGUCCUCCUGGUCAUUGCCCAGACUUUCAUGGACUCUUGCACUCUUGCUGACCACAAACUGGGCCGGGACUCCCCCAUCAACAAGCUGCUCUAUGCCCGAGACAUUCCUCGCUACAAGCAGAUGGUGGAGAGGUACUACGCAGACAUUCGGCAAACCAUUUCUGCUAGCGACCAGGAGAUGAAUUCAGCACUCGCUGAGCUGUCCAGGAAUUACUCAGGUGACCUCAAUGCCCUGGUAGCUCUCCACGAACUGUACAAGUACAUCAACAAGUACUACGACCAGAUCAUCACUGCGUUAGAAGAGGAUCCAACCGCUCAGAAGAUGCAACUGGGCUAUCGCCUGCAGCAGAUCGCUGCCUCCGUGGAGAACAAAGUCACCGAUUUGUGACCUGCACAUCCCCUCGACCACGGCCCCAGGACGGGCCCAUCGGGGCCCCUCGACUUCCCCCGCUUCGGGAAGCGGGUUCUCUCAGACCGACAUGCCUGUGGGACGGGGGAAGAGCAGAUGGCCCCAGUGGGGAAGGGCGGGAGGCGGGGAAGGGCAUCCUCUAGUUAGGAAAUCUCUUUUUCACAGAUGAUUUUUUCCCCGGCAUUUUCCAAGCCGGCUUUAGUUGAAGGAGCUUCCCUCACAGGGCUGAGGCCAGGGUUCGCUGCUGCCAGGCUCUGUCCCGGCAGAGUUCCAGGCCCUCUGGGAGCUGGAUUGCACAUGAGCUUGAGGAGGGGAAAGGGGCAUGUUGUGCCUUAGAGUCCACAGCCUACCAUCUGACCCCAAUCCUGAAAUCUGCCUGGCCGCUCCCAGCCCAGGCCCCUCAGGCAGGACGUACUGCCAUUGUCUUCCGCUGCUUCUCAGACCUUGGGGCGAGCUAGCGGUGGCUCACUGGUCGCCAUGCCUGGCCCCAAGCACCAGCCCCUGCACUGUUCCCCUUGGAUCCUCAAGGAGCUGGGCCUGAGCUCCUGUAAUGACUUUACUAGCCCAUUAGGAUUAACCCUGGGGCUUUAGUUGUUCCUGUUUGCUGCUCCGUUGACUGAAGGAAGUUUCAGUCAGUGGCAGCAGAAACAAGACUUCCCCUCUUUCCCCACUCCUCUUGCUUGACAACUUCCUGCCUCACUCUCCCUGGCUUAACAGGCCUCCUUUCUCUUGCUUCCUUCAGUUGUGCACCUCUUCUCACUCCUCUGCUGCAGCAGUGAACCUCGAAGAGGGAGUCCCCUCCCAGCUGGGUCCAAAUUUACGAAUCCCAUGUGACCCAUCCUUCCCCGGGGGGCCGGCACCAGCAGUCCUUCCUUUUACGCUUUCUUCUUUAAGGCCUUAAUUGGACUCGUGGAUGGCCAACCACGGGUCCCUGAGCUCAAAACUGACUGUUACCCCCCGGGGCGCGUACUCUUCUCGUUUUUCUCCUGAUGUUGGCACCCGUUUGUCAUUUUGGGACCCUCAUGCCUCUCUGGGCCCUGGGACCAAUCCUGUCCUUCCUAAGGCCUUGCCCUGUCACAUCAUUCCCAACAUCUUCCAUCUGCUCAUUGGACCCCCCUGCAAUCUGUCCACCAGCAACCCCAGCAGAGGUUUUUCUUAAGAAGGAGCUUCACUGUGGGAUGGCCAUCCCUUGACCCAGACCCCUUGGCCCUGCAAACAGAACAUUUUCUGAACGUCCCCCUGCCCCUCACCCCCUCCCACCCCACCCGGCCCCAGUGCUGACUGCUACAAAUCGGAAUUAAUGAUUAAUGUAAAACAUGAUUUUUUUUGACCUAGUGAAAUAAUGGCUGUAGAUAAUGUUGUGAGGCCUAGGACUCUGUUGCUGCAACGAGAAGGUCCGUGUGUAAAUACUCGCUGUAGAUUGAAGAAAAAGAGAUUGUGAUCGCGUAACUCAUUAAACUUUUAAUAUACAGACUCA